AUGAAAUUCGCCAUUGUCCUGUUCGCCCUCUUCGCUGUGGCCCUGGCUGCUCCAUCUGAUGUCUCCAUCGUGCGAUCUGAAUCCGAUGUUGGACCCCUGAGCUACAAAUAUGCUUCGGAGACCAGCGACGGUACCAAACAGAACGAGGAGGGUCAGUUGAAGAACGUGGGCUCCGAGCAGGAGGCCAUCGUUGUGCACGGCUCCUUCUCCUUCGUGGCCGAUGAUGGCCAGACCUACACCGUCAACUACGUCGCCGAUGAGAACGGAUUCCAGCCCCAGGGUGCCCAUCUGCCCGUUGCCCCAGUCGCUUAA